AUCCAUCCUUCUCAUUUGGCUGUAUUAUUUAGGGCUGUAAAGUGGUUAAGUCGUUAAGUUGUUGGCGUGAUUUUUGCUUCUUCUGUUUAUUUAAUUUUGCCUUCUUCCGGGCCCUGAUGAGCCCGAAAGUCACUUGAAAAAUGUUGACUACAUCUGAAGUUGAUCUGUGUGCCGUAUCGCCGUGUCCAGGUGUCCAGGUUCGGGCUUUUGCGAACGCCCGUAGGGAUGUUGACAUGUGAGCUCACCCGUGCGCCCGUGCUACGAUGAAGCCGCGAACAUGACUUAACAUCGCAAAUAUGAACGUGAUGUGGCCAGAUUACAGGCACGCUCUUGGGUUAUUUGUGUACUUAUCAGUAUGCCAGUUAAUCGUGUACUACUGGAACCACAAGGCCUGGCUUUACGAUCCAACUUCGUCUCUCGAGGACAGGUCGAGUUCCGCCUGGUGCCGCGGUUCGCAUCACACCGAAAGGACGUGUACUUUUAGAAACCUGUGCUUUCGAAGUGACACAGGGGAUUUUGUAUUCUUUCAUGGCGAGCGUACAACGAUGCUUGGGAAUCUGGACAGCGGACACAAUCCCGCGCUUGCGGAUUUGUCAUCCGUCAACGACCACGGUGCUUUUUAUUUUACGUUCGUCGACGCUCCUUUGGCAGCGCGGGCACAGUUUGAUGUUAAAGACAUACACACCGACACGAUUGUCAUGAGUCGCUUUAACCCAGAUAACUUGAUGCACGUGUUCCACGACGACCUCAUUCCAAUAUUUGCAACGGCUCGAGAACAUCGUGGCUGCAGCACCGGCGAAGAGGUGUCCAACUGCCUCGACAACUUGACAUUGUUUUUUACAGAUAAUAGGCCGAAAGGACCGUAUUGGUACCUCUAUCAAGUUCUUACGAAAGACCUGCUGUUGGUACCACCUUCCAAAACAACACAGCUGUACUGCUUCAACAAAGCGAUUGUGGGUUUGCAGAAACAGAGCACAUGGUACCAGUAUGGCUUUAGAAUGCCACAGGGACCUCUUGAAAGAAAUCUCCAAUCGGCCGGCAAGGAAAUUAAGCUGUUUACGAAAGAAUUCCUGAAAAUGCUCAACAUACAACCAUCUCUGUCGGUGGAGGCCGGUUAUGCCGUAAUUGUAUCGAGGAGCAGGAACAGACUGAUUUUGAACGAGGAGGAGCUGCUGGACAUGGUAAAAACGCACGCAGCUCUGGUGCCGGUCGUCGUAGACCUUGAGAGACAGGCUCUGUCCAAAGUCCUACAAUUGCUGGUGGGGGCCAAGUUGCUCGUUGCCAUGCAUGGUUCGGCCCUCAUUUUGUCCAUGUUCAUGAAGCCAGGUGGGGUAGUCUUGGAAAUGUUCCCUUACGGCAUAAAUCCCAACCAGUACACGCCUUACAAGACUCUGGCCACCUUGCCAGGGAUGAAUCUUGUCUACAAGUCCUGGAGGAACACGAACCUGAGCAACUCCGUUCCCCAUCCGGAGUACGAACCACACCUCGGAGGGAUAUUGCACCUCCCCGUCGAACAACGGGACAAGAUACUGCACAGCAGUCAAGUGCCGCUGCACCUGUGCUGUGAAAACCCAGAGUGGCUCUUUCGAAUCUACCAGGACACUAUCGUGGACUCGUCCAUCAUUCCAGUGCUCGUGCAGGUUAAAGCCACAAAGGCACUAGACAAUGAGGGUCCAACAAGGGCUAUGUCUCCGGGCCCAGUUUUAGAUAUCAAAUGUGCCAUAAAAGAACUGCCUCAAAAGCGUAGACUCCUACAUGUUUCUUGGGCAAAGCCAUGGAAUGUGGAGUUUGUUGGUUUUAGUAGCUGCAUGUAUGAAGUUUGGCUGCAAAGCGACAGUCGAGUGCAAACCUUCCGGGUUGAAUCUAUGAAGUACUCCAACCUUACGACAGAAAACGGGUUUCAGGUAUGGAUUAAAGCCAUCUGUGAUGGGAAUUCGGGACCUUUCAAUGUGUUUCCGGCCCACUGCAGGUUGUGAGAUAGUGUACCUUGCACAUGCUGUGGUUCCCGAUGUAUUGGCGUCUGGGUGAAAUCUCAGUGACACCCUCUUAUGGUUCCUGACUGCGACGUGAUGGCCAGGUUCUGUCUCAACGGUAAUGAUCCUGGCUACUUAUCAUCAGUUGCGAACGAGUUUGGUGGUGUGUGUAGAGAGCAUAGUGGGAAAAUUCCAACAUUACCCUUACUCUCGUGGAUCAAAGCAGAAUAAAUCCUUCUUAGCCCUUUGA